ACCGCAUCGACGGACGACGGCGCACGGGCACACCACGCGGCCGGGCCGGACGUCCACGCGCUACCAACCCCAACUCACUCAACCCGCCGCUGCAACGGCGAUCACCACCCACACCCCCCGCGCUUUUUCUCCCCACGUCAAAAACCAGCGCGGCAGCAAGCGAGCGAACUGCGAAGCAAACCAAUUCGCCCGCUGAGCUGCCGGCGGAUCGCUUCCGGCGACGCCUCGCGGGCUUCCUUUCCUCGGAAUGCCCUGCCCCCGCGGCCGGGCGGAGGAGGAGCGCUAGGCGGCGGCGGCGGCUCGGAUGGGGCGGCCGGGGUACGUGACGGUGCCGAUACUCUCCGUGCUCGCCGCAAUCGGGUACGUCUACUACACCACGGUGUUCCUCGCGAUCCCCGCGUGGCUGGGGCUCACCACGGCCGCCGGGGUCGCCAACGCCGCAGCCUUCACCGCGCUCGCCGCCGCCUGCGUCGCCACCUACGCCGUCGCCGUGUUGCGCGACCCGGGCCGCGUGCCGGCGUCCUUCGUGCCCGACGUCGAGGACGCCGAGAGCCCCAUCCACGAGAUUAAGCGAAAGGGUGGUGAUUUGAGAUACUGCCAGAAAUGUUCCCAUUAUAAGCCUCCUCGAGCGCACCAUUGCCGUGUCUGCAAAAGAUGUGUUCUAAGAAUGGAUCACCACUGUAUAUGGAUUAAUAACUGUGUUGGGCACGAGAACUACAAGGUCUUUCUAAUCUUCGUUUUGUAUGCUGUGAUUGCAUGCUUCUAUUCUAUGGUUCUGAUUAUAGGGGGUGCCGUGCAUUUGCCUAAAGAUGAGCAACCAGGCAGCGAUUCUCCUAGAACAUCUAUUAUUAUUUGCGGGGUUCUUCUGUGUCCUUUAGCUUUGGCACUGAUGGUCCUAUUGGGUUGGCAUGUUUACCUCAUCUUACACAAUAAAACUACUAUUGAGUACCAUGAAGGAGUUAGAGCUAUGUGGUUGGCUGAAAAGGCGGGAAAUCUUUAUCAUCAUCCUUAUAACCUUGGAGUCUAUGAGAACCUUAUUUCGGUGCUAGGUCCUAAUGUGUUCUGCUGGCUUUGCCCAAUAUCAAGGAACAUAGGAAGCGGUGUUCGUUUCCGCACAUCAUAUGACAUUCCGCUAUCAUAAGCACCAAUGUGAUGCACACCAGAUGUCCACACAAGUAGUAAAAUUGCUAUUCUUGACAGUUUUGCACUAAGAGAAUGCUACAGCAGAAAACAGUGUUUAGGAUACUUCAAGAAACAAGAUGAGCUUCAGGGUCCUUUAAGCCUGGUGGGAUCAAUCGCCAAUUAGGAUUUAGGAAUGCUGACUUAGAUUUUUCUUACAUUUUUGUUGGACAUACUUGAUCAAAGAAGCCAUCAUUGCUUGUGCAGUAGUAAUCUACAGCGGAUUGUACUAAUACCAAAAAAAAGAACAGUCUGUACUCAAGGCUGAUCUAUUGUAAAGCUAUGCUGAAACUGUUGUUUUCUGAAGUUCCAUGUGUUUUGUUUUGUUU